CUCCCGGAAGUGGAGCUUCUACGCCGGAUUGCCGCUCAGCGCCAUAGCUCUAGGGGCGCGCCCUUUCGGAAAGGGGAGGAGGGGCGGCAGGGGACCCCCCCAAAAAACAUCGAUGUUGCAGGAAAGGAAAUGAGAAUCGGGAUCGAGGACAAAGAGGCAAUGUCAGAGUGACUGACAAGCUGAGAUUCUUCCCAGUCAAAGGACCCAUUUUCAUGAUAGACAGUGCUUGUGGCUGGAGGCUCUACACACCGGGUGUGCCUAUGCAGGCCAAAGACUGCCAGUAUUAGCACAGGAUUUCCUUUCCUCCCACGCUGAGGAGGGUCAUGGAGAAGAGAGACAGACUUCGAGGGGAAAGGGCACCUUUGGUUUCAUUAGAUAUAGACCUUAAAAUGUGUGAAAUGUGGAACAUGCUUCAUUGAAUGAGCACACAUAGCUCACAUAAACAAACCCCAAAAGUGGUGAAACCAUUUAAAGGUAUGGAGUGUGGAAAGACUUUCACUGAUAGAACACAUCAGCCGACUCACAUGGGCAAGAAAGGAUUCAAAUGCAAGGAGUGUGGGAAGAACUUCAGUCAGAGUGGACACCUCAAUAUACAUCAACGGACUCACACAGGGGAAAAACCAUUUAAAUGCAUGGAGUGUGGAAGGCAAUUCAGUCAGAGUGGAAGCCUAAAUAUGCAUCAACUGACUCACACAGGGGAGAAACCUUUUAAAUGUAUGGAGUGUGCAAAGAGCUUCCGUUUCAUUGGAAACCUUAGAAGACAUCAACAGACUCACACAGGGGAGAAACCAUGUAAAUGUAUGGAGUGUGGAAAGACCUUUCGUGAUAAUGGAACCCUUAGAGGACAUCAAGUGACUCACACAGAGGAGAAACCAUAUGAAUGUAUGGAGUGCGGAAAGAGCUUCAGUUUAAAUGCAAUCCUUAGACGACAUCAACGGACUCACACAGGGGAGAAACCAUAUGAAUGUAUGGAGUGCGGAAAGAGCUUUCGUGAUAAUGGAAACCUUAGAACACAUCAACGGACUCACACAGGGGAGAAACCAUAUGAAUGUAUGGAGUGUGGAAAGAGCUUUAGUUUCAAUGCAAACCUUACACGACAUCAACGGACUCACACAGGGGAAAAACCAUUUAAAUGCAUUGAGUGUGGAAAGAGAUUUAGUGAUAAUGGAAAACUUAGAAGACAUCAACAGACUCACACAGGGGAGAAACCAUUUAAAUGUAUGAAGUGUGGAAAGACCUUUCGUGAUAAUGGAACCUUUAGAGGACAUCAAGAGACUCACACAGGGGAGAAACCAUUUAAAUGUUUAGAGUGUGGAAAGAGCUUCAGUCAGAAUGGAGACCUUAGAAAACAUCAACGGACUCACACAGGGGAGAAACCUUAUAAAUGUAUGCAUUGUGGAAAGAGCUUCAGUAAGAGUGGAGACCUUAGAAAACAUCAACGGACUCACACAGGGGAGAAACCAUAUGAAUGUAUGGAGUGCGGAAAGAGCUUCAGUUUAAAAGGAAGCCUUAGAAUACAUCAACGGACUCACACAGAGGAGAAACCAUAUGAAUGUAUGGAGUGUGGAAAGAGCUUUAGUGAUAAUGGAACCCUUAGAACACAUCAACGGACUCACACAGGGGAAAAACCAUUUAAAUGCAUGGAGUGCGGAAGAAAAUUCAGUCAGAGUGGACACCUAAAUAUGCACCAACUGACUCACACGGGUGAAAAACCUUUUAAAUGCAUGGAGUGCGGAAAGAGCUUUAGUGAUAAUGGAAAUCUUAGAAGACAUCAACGGACUCACACAGGGGAGAAACCAUUUAAAUGUAUAGAGUGUGGAAAGAGCUUUAGUGAUAAUGGAACCCUUAGAACACAUCAACGGACUCACACAGGGGAGAAACCAUAUAAAUGUAUGCAUUGUGGAAAGAGCUUCAGUAAUAGUGGAAACUUCAAUAUACAUCAACGGACUCACACAGGCGAGAAACCAUAUGAAUGUAUGGAGUGCGGAAAGAGCUUCAGUUUCAAAGGAAGCCUUAGAAUACAUCAACGGACACACACGGGGGAGAAACCAUAUGAAUGUAUGGAGUGCGGAAAGAGCUUUUGUGAUAAUGGAACCCUUAGAACACAUCAACGGACUCACACAGGGGAGAAACCAUAUGAAUGUAUGGAGUGCGGAAAGAGCUUUCGUGAUAAUGGCAACCUUAGAAGACAUCAACAGACUCACACAGGGGAGAAACCAUGUAAAUGUAUGGAGUGCGGAAAGAGCUUUCGUGAUAAUGGAACCCUUAGAACACAUCAACGGACUCACACAGGGGAAAAACCAUUUAAAUGCAUGGAGUGCGGAAGGAAAUUCAGUCAGAGUGGACACCUCAGCGUGCAUCAACUGACUCACACAGGGGAGAAACCAUAUGAAUGAUUUGUUCUCAGGAGCUAAGUUUUGUGCCUCACUGUGGUCCCAGUCAUAACUGUAGCCUUUGAAAGCUCAGUAAACUAUUACUGAAGAAGU